UUAAUUGAAGGAUUUUUUUUUUAUAAAAUACCCAGUGAUGGAAAAUUAGGCACAUUUCUACGCUUUUUACCCCUCUUAAGACCAAAGAGGUAAAAUUUGGUACACUUGACUCAAUUUAGGUACAAUGCAUUUCUCCCAAAUAGUUUCCAAUCAAUGGUUUAUGUACAUAUUUAUAUAAUGAGCAUUGAAUGGCACUGAGUGUCAUCUAUCAACCACCUACAAACGAUCUUGCAUCAUUUAGUCUGCAUUUGAGCAUUUUAUCGCUGAAAUUAAAAAAAAAAAAACUAGAGAGAUUGGACAUUUUUUUAUUUUUUACCUAUCAUCAACCUACAAAUGACCACCAAAACGAUUGCGAUAUUCUAAAUAAUAUUUUUCAAUUAAGGAGUGACAAACUGAUAGCGAAAAGUCAGAGGUUGACAGCUUACUGCAAUUAAAAUGUUAAGUUAAAAAUCGCUGAUAAUACUCGUUAAUAUGUAUGUAUGUACAGACGCAAUGUAAACAACCGAGCAUGAGCAGUAAAGAGCUUAAGUAAAAGGUUUUUUUUUUUUUUAUUUAGGUAAACGUUCCUCAACCGCAUCUGAAAACUGAGGCGUAGGAAAACUCCUCAAGAUUCUUUUUAUGCGUUUAAGCAAAAUUUCCUUACCAAGCCAGUUCUAAUUUUUGUAGGCAAAACUCAUAGAAUUGAAAAGCUAAAUUUAACACCCAGUUUGUCAGUGCCUAGUAUAGAGGGAGAAUAAUUUAUGUGUAGGUACAUAUGUGCUCUGCUAAGUUUUCUGAUGAUCGUGCAUAUGCAUAUCUACUCGUAUUCAAGUAAGUGACUAUGUACAUAUGUAUAUAUUUAAAUAUAUCAGGCAACGAACCCACAGAAAGUAAAAAUUUUUCUAACAACAAAAAUAAUUAAAAGUGAGAGUAUCACUUUCAGAAUUGGCGUUAAAAUUGGAUGAAGGCGAACGAGUUGUCUCAACAGAUGUUUGUAUUCAUUUUUCGCGUUUUACUUGCAAAUAAACAACUUGCAUGCGAUUCGACAAUAAAAAAUAUGCUCUUUGUACGGCUUAAACAAGUCAAAUUAUUAACAUUACUUAUCAUAACAAAAAAAAAAAAUAUUAUACAUAUGUUAAUACUCAAAUUUUGCAAUAUUGCCACAAAAAAUAUAUGGGUGCAUUAAAAUCGGGCAUGCAAAAAAUUUAAAAUUACCCUUUUGUGGAGGAAAAUGUAGAUGACUUUAAAAUAAUUUCGUAUAAGACUUUUCGAUCGCUCUCCUGAUUAGACUACAAGAACUCAGGCGAGGGUCAAUGCCCAGAAUGUUUAAAUAUUUCGCAUUCUAGUUUAGUUGUUUCUGGAAAAAUUAGCCUUUUUAAUAGAUGUACGAUUUAAUAGCUUUAUUACUGUAAGGCUUCAGGUUUUUGAGAGCUUAGGAAAGCGGCUAUGUGGAAUGGUUCCAAAGCACAGAGUAGGAAUUAAUGGACUCAUUCCCCGCAGCUUUUGCUACCCAUUUUGGGGUCGUUUUCCCAACUACGUUUUAAAAUUUAUCUUCCCUUUAAACACAAAUGUUGUUCUGAAAAAAAUGAAUGUAAUACCGAAAAUUAUCGCGUUGUUUACGCGCCCAAAAAUUCAGCAUUUUAAUAGCGUUACACUUAACCUCCCCCUUUUUAAAACAUACACAUGCCUUGCCGCAAGCGCUUCCGGUCAAGUUCAAGAACCCAAAAUCGAAACCUGCUCCAGUUUAGCGUAAAUUAUAGCUCGCGCGCACAAUGUGCGAUAAUAGCGCAUGAAUAAUAUUACAAGUGAAUGCAUUUUGUGUGCUUUCUUUCUUGGUUGUUUUCUUUUUUUGCUUAACUUUCAGUCUCGCAACCCGCUGCGCCGAUACAUAUUACCCAUAUUACUGAAAACAAAGUAGCCAGCACAAUCGCCGUUUGCACAAUCGCACAGCAGCAUGCGCAGCGCUUCGAAGUGAGCUGCUUUGCAAACCAGCCAACAAGGCAUCGAAAAAAUUCAAUUCCCAAAAAAUUUAUUUAAAGUGCUGCAAUUUCGCGCUGCCACUUUAGUGUUGCUGCUAUAGGCACGCGUUGAACAACGGUACCCACUGCGCUUUGUUACAUUACGUACUUGCUUUAACAGAAAUCUCGUUUCAUUUCCCUUUCCGCCAACGCUAUGGAACGCUGGGUGGACAAAGUCGCUGUAGUUACAGGUGCCAGCUCUGGCAUCGGCUGGGCUGUCGCGCAGGACUUACUUAAGGCGGGCAUGAUUGUAAUUGGUUUUGCGCGUCGCCUGCAAAAAAUGGAGGAUCUCAAGGAGACGCUGGAUGUGUCCAUACGUGAAAAGUUUUAUCCGCGUUGCUGUGACUUGACUGUGCUGCCCUCGCUGAAGAGCAAUUUCCAUUGGAUCGAACAGCGAUUCCAUAGCUUGCAUGUGCUCGUCAACAAUGCUGGCAUGGUUCAGAUGACCAAAGUGCUGGAAGAGAGCAAUGAAUCGACGCUGAAGCAAGUGAUUGAUGUCAAUUUAAUGGGCACAGUGAAUUGCACAAAGCAAGCGUAUAGGCUAAUGCAGGCCACAAUGGCGAAGGGUGAAGCAUGUCAUAUAGUAACGGUAAGUAGUCUAUUGGGUCACACAGUGCCGUUACACAUACCCGAAUGUGGCUUGAAUUUAUAUCCGGUGACGAAGCAUGCGCUACACACCCUGCAUGAGGUUCUGCGGCGGGAGCUCUUUCCGCACAAACUGAUGCGGUUGUCGUCCAUUAGCCCCGGCCUGACACGUACUGACUUUGGCGGUGCUCCGUCUGAUGACGAGAAAAAGAAGUGGGAAGAAUUGAUUGAGCCAGAUGAAAUUUUGCUGCCCGAGGAUGUGGCGCGUGGCGUAAAUUUCAUACUCUCCUCGCCGCCUCAUGUGACCAUAGCUGACUUACUGAUGGUACCAGCGCGCGAAAGGUACUAAAAAGCUGAACUAGGGUGUUCUAUCACGGAAUACGCGCACUUAUAUGUAUUAGUCUGAGUAAUGUUGAUAUAAGUCAACUAAAAAUAUUAAGAAUCAAAAACUUCUAAUUUAUAAGAAAAAUAUUUGUAAAUAAAUUUUAUAUGUACACCA